CUCAGUUUGUUUCGAGGCGGUGGUUCUCGUUAAUCUAAACGAAGACUGAUGAAAAGAAAGAUCAUUGAAGUGAUUUAAAUUCGAUUGUUCAGUGUGAAACAUCGGGAUUUCUCCUUUUGAAGAUUGAAAUAGUAAUAGGAUGAGGGGAACUCUGAGUGUCUCUUUCUGCCUUCUGUCCCUAGUCUCCACCGUCUUCGCUGGGUGCAAGAAGGUGCCUCUUCAGGAGCUGAGAGUUCCGUUGUCGGGAACGAACCUCGAGUGGCCCUGCAACAGCACCAAGAACAUCUACGUGAGCAGUGGACGCUACAUUCCCAGGAAUGUCAUCGUCACCAGGAUGCAGAUGUACAAGGACGAGGCGAUUGUGGCCCUCCCGAGGCUCAAGCCGGGGGUCCCUUUCACCCUUGGAGUGGUCUCCCUGCACAAGAAGGGCAAUUGCAAAAUAGCCCCGUUCCCUUGUUGGGCCAUCCAGGAGGAGGGCAACUGCGAAGCCCUCCAGAGCGUUAUCGAUAUUGUGCUGGAUGUACAGGACGUUCUCUGGGUUCUCGACUCGGGAAUCGUUAAUACUUUGACACAACCCAUUAAGAGGUGCUCACCUAAAGUGGUGGCUAUUGAUGUUAAAUCUGGAAGGGUCGUCAAAGUUGUCAACAUCGAACCCUUCAUGACUGACGAGUCCCACCUCCAGAACCUCAUCGUCGACUAUGCGCCAGACGGCAAUGUAUUUCUGUACAUCUCCGAUCCCCCAACUCGUACCAUCAUCGCCUACAACGUCAUCGCCGAGAGAGGUGCAAGGCUGAGCCUCCCCAGGGCCGUCAGUCUGGGAUCUAAUCAGCGUGAUCUCAUGUGCAUGUGCCUCGCCAGGAAAUCAGACUUCACACCAGUCGUUUACUUCUCUUACAUGAACUGCAGCAGAGUCUUCAGUAUCAAAGCAGAGUUCUUGAGGCGGGGAACUAUCAGUAAUAAUGUCGUUGAUGUUGGAUCCAAACCCGGAAAAUUCGUCGGCCUCGGCGGUGACAAUGGGAGCAAUCUCUUCUUCCGCAGGAAAGGAGAGUCAGACAUAUAUAUGUGGAACGCCGAGACCAACUUUAGACCGGAGAACUGCAUUCUCGUAGAAAAGGGCGAUGAGUACCGUAUGCCAACGCAAGUCGUCCCUGGUUACAAGAAACUCAUGUGGACGCUGGAGAGCAACUUCCAGGAUUAUAUUCAGGAUACAGUCCCCUGCUCUGGCACCAGUGUGCUGAUCCGCCCGAUCGUCAAGCAGUGCGAAUAAUUAUUGAUCAUAAUCUAUCCCUAAAGUAACCCAACAAUUUCUCUCGACUUGGAAGUAAUUCACGUUCGCCGAGCGGAUUUCCGAGGAGCUGAAGUUCUUUUAUCACAAAUUUCUUUAAGUAAGAUAUCCAACGCUGAAUAUCUUAUUCAAGCAAUGACUCCAAUAAUUGAACUUCUGGUGCUCCAGUCACGAGAGAUUAUUGUUGUCUGAUAAUUAAUGAACGUGACAGCAGGUUUGCUUAUGGACAAAACUAACCAGUGUUUCGUUUGAUUGCAUCGAGUGACGCUAAAUUGUCGUUUCUAGUCGCAUGAUAGGCAGGUGAAUCAAUAAAAUUAUCAUCUUAAUAAAAAAUGUAUCAAUUUUUCGUG